AUGAUGACUGAUCAUUGCAAAUGCCCAUCAAAAGCUAAAACAGAGUGCUGUAAUUCCGCAUUGGUGAUGGAUAUCCCUUUAUCUUUGCAGAAGAAGCGGAAGCAUCGACGGUACAGGUUUCAGUUUCACAAGCACAUGAAAUACCAUGGUACAUCUUACCAGAAGGUAACGUCAAUGCAAUACUUGUUGGAGAAGUAUGGAGAACAAAGAGCUGCUACGAUUAUGUCUUUUGUUAAUUGUAUUCAUAAGAAGAUAAAUCGGGAUGUUAGCAGGAUAGACGAUAGUUACAUCAAUAAUGAAGUUUCUAAAUGGGCAAAAUCGAAGUUAUUUCUUCUUCUAGUGACUCUUUCUCAGCGAGGAGGGCCCGAAUACUGGAUGGACAAGAAUAAUGGGGGUCAAAGCGGAUUACCUUCAAAAUCCGAGACCCAACAAGAGAAGAAGAACUGUUCAAUGGAAGAAACCAAAAGUGACUUGGGGGAGACUCGGGUAGUAUGUACCUUAGUGGAGCAGAUUAUGAGGGAAAAUAUAACUGCAGAUUACGAUGAGAGUGUUCACGAUGAGAAUUACGUUUUCUCUACAAUAUGGGCGAACUUCAUGGAAGGGUUGAUUAACCAUUAUUUGGAAAAGGUUAUAAUUCCAGGGUCCGAACUGAAAGUAUGUCAGCAGCUGUACAAGCCAAUGAUGAAGAUUAUAUCCCUUUACAAUGAAUAUAACGAACUGAUGGAAAAAAGUGAACGGAAUGGCUUUUUGCCAACGGAGGAACCGUCUAGCAGCUCAGCUGUUGAAAACGGUUAUGAAGGUGACAGAGCCUCGACUCCAUCCACAGCUGUAAGUUGUUGUACAGAAACUACUGAUAGUAAAUUGGAAAAAGCACAGAAACUAUUGUGGCAAGCACGGCAGGAUAUACCCAAGACGAUUAGCAAAGAAUUAACGUUGCUUUCGGAAAUGUACUCUACACUGAGUGCGGACGAGCAGGAUUACGAGUUAGAUGAAUUUGUAUGCUGUGCAGAGGAGUAUAUUGAAAUGGAAUACUUGCCUGCUCUUAUUGACCUUUUAUUUUUGAAUUGUGGUCGGGUUAUCUUCUGGAAAGUAAUGCUAGUCUUGGAACCAUUUUUCUACUACAUAGAAGAAAUCGAUGAGAACAACGACCCGGUGGAAGAAGAUGAGGAAGAGGAUGCCUCUACAAUUAACCCGGCGUCAGCAGGACAUCAUGGCGGAGGCAACUUGAAUAGCGUACCUGAUCCAAGGGUUGUGACUUUGGAGAAAAUAUGUGAAGUCGCUGCUAGACAAAAGUGGAUUUAA